GAAAUUUGGGGAGUUUGCGAGGAAGGGACUUCGGGGCAGGGUGCGAGAGCUGGGAUAGCUGUCAGGCGGGAGCUGCUCGAGACUUGCCUCGCGAGGCACGUAGGUAUAUAAAGGGAAGCCCUUGGACACAGCUCCCACUCCUUUCUUACCCAUCGAUCCAAGAUACCCUACUUCAACGGAACUACGCACCACUACACGCAGUAAUACACGACUAUUACCACAUUGGACUACUCGACUCUCUUUCACAACUUCAACCCAGAUACUCAACAUGUCCGACGUCAUUCACAAGAUCAAGGACGCCGUCACCGGCAACCACCACUCGUCCACUACGCAGGGCGCCCCCGAGGGGACCUAUGGAUCCCACACCAGCCGUACCGCCAACGCGGCUGACCCUAGAAUCGAUAGCGACAGGGACCAUCGUGGUGCACCAGGCUCAACCGUAGGGGGCACUCACGGGCACACGUCUGGCGACAAUUAUGUCCAUGGUGCCGGCGCCACGGGCCAAACCACAUCCGGGCCCCAUCGGUCAGAUGCGGCGAACAAGAUGGAUCCCCGAGUGGACUCGGACCGAGAUGGCCGCGUGGUGGGCAACACAGCAGGAAGCUAUGGCGGCCGCGGCCGCGAGGGAGUUGCCGGCCCGCACAACUCCCGUUUGACAAACGCUGCCGAUCCUCGCGUCGACAGUGACCGCGACGGCAGCCGCACUGCUGGAAAUACGUACGGCAGCUCGGGUACCGCUGGAAAUACGGGCUCUCACUUCGCCCCCGUCGGAACGGGCGGCAAUACCGGUGGUACGGGCACUACUGGCGGCACGGGCACUAUCGGUGGCACGGGCGCUGCCGGCAUGCCCUACGGAGGCUCCGGGGUACCAGGCUCCGGAUACGGCUCUACUACCGGAAAUCACAACAGGCACGAUACGUACAGCCAGGGCACGAGCGGGCUGCACACGGGCCCCGGACCAGCCCCCAACACGGCCGGUCCCCACAAGAGCAACGUGGCGAACAAGCUGGAUCCUCGUGUGGACUCGGACCUAGACAACUCGAAGACCCUCGGCGGCGACAAGACGUACAGCAACCCGUAAGUGCCUUCGAGUGCCUCGCGAUCAUAUCGGACGAAUACGCCUCCUGUUAUCGUAUUUUCUCCUUUGUUACUUGUGUCUCUCUUUCGGGCGAACUAUACCGUCAUAACUCUUCACAAAUCAUGACAUUAACCGGUUGGUCCGAAUGAAGGGGAACCGGAAACCGUACCACCACCAAAGAUCCCACGGACGCUGCGCAGGUUGGUCCCUCGACACUACGCCAGCACGUGGGCAUGCCGUCGGUCGAGCACGACGAUCACGGGCACAGGCGUCACGAGAGGAAUAGUGUCGCGUCCGCUCAGG